AUGAAAACUUACGGCGGCGACAAAGUCGAGUACAAAGUGAUCGACAUCACCAACAAGGAUGCGUUACGCAAAGCCUACAAGUCCAUAAUUUACUAUCACGGACAACUGGACUUCGUCAUCAACUGUGCCAGACACAUGUCCAUCGACAACUGGGAGAGGGAUAUUUGCGUCAACAACUACGGUAUGCUGUUGAGCACGUUCAUGGGUAUGGAGUACAUGGGUAACCAGGCCUGCAAAGGAAUCGGCGGCACCAUUGUUAAUGUUGGAAGUAUGGCUGGCGUCCAACCUUUCUAUCCGGUACCCGUCUAUACAGGUUCCCAACAUUUCCUGGUGCAAUUCGUAAGGUCCAUAGGCCAUGAUUUCUACUUCUACAAGUCCAACGUUCGUAUUAUGGGCUUCCUCACCGGUGGUAUAUGCAGAGCGGGCAAAACCAGUCCCUUGUCUGAGCCCAUGAAGAAGGAUUCACCCUGGAAGUGCAUCGCCGAUUUGCAGGGACUUGUUGACCAGGAGUUGAAGAAGGUCAAGAUGUACGACCCGAAAAUUUACGAGGACGCCCUCGAUGUCGUGAUGACUGAUGGAAGAAACGGAGACAUUUGGGUUGCUGAAGGGAUAGAAUUGUACAAGGUUUUGCCGUACACCAGGGAAAAGCUCAGGGCCCAGUAA